CAAAUAAAAAAAUCUAAUUUUAAGAAAUUGAAGUUUUUCCUGACUUUUCCCUAAAACUGAGCCUACUUGACCCUGUUAAGUGUGUAGUAAUUACCAAAAAACCGGUAAACAAACGUUUGCCCCAAAAACACAUAUUUGUCCCAACUUUGUUAAAAAAAAACAGCGAACAAAACCAAGAAAAAUAUUCAAAAGUUUAAUUUUUAGUAUGAUAUAAUUUCUCUUUUAGACAAAGCGGGGUUUAUUGAGCACCAAAUGCUUUUCCUGACAUGCCACAGCCUUUGUGAGGGCCAGACUCAUGCCGCCACAGCAGGCUUCCACUCCAGCAACAAAGCAAACAGUUUAAUGUGAUUCCAGUUGGAGGGGCCUCGGGUUCUGGGUCCUCAUUGGUCUGAUCAAGCUUGAAAGCAUCUAUUGAGCCACUCCGGUGGAAUUUGAGGUACUAAUGCCACUCUCAGAAGGAGGAAUUUGUGUGUUUCUGGUAAACAGCUGACUUUCACUGUGCAAGCUCUGUCCUCAUCUCCUCUCUCCACUUUUGCUUUGCCCUCCUCUGGUGAAGUGUGCUUUCUGGGUUGAACUGCAUGCACUAGAAAUCCACGUUGCUAAUCCUCCGGUCAGUCAUGCCUUUGCAGAACGUACCAGGGUUGAGGUGGAGGCCGGUGCUAAUCUCUCUCUUUGUUUGUGGCCUAAUCUUUGAAUUGGUAAAAGCUGCCCAAGAACAGAAACCAGGGAGGACCGUAAAGCAGAACAAACCCAAAAUUACAGCUUCCAAAAGCAGCACAAAAGCUAAAGCUUCAGCUCCAACACAAACCUUACUCACGCAGGUGCUGAGCAGAGGUAAGUUCAGGAAGGUCGGAGACACCCUGACUGUUCAGGCUGGAAGCGUGUUGGAGAUGAGGUGCAGGGGCAAACCUGUGCAGUGGGGAGUCCCCCCUUACUUGGAGGAGGAUGAUGAUGGAAGACUUAAGAUUGUCCAACACGAGCGCUACGGAGUCCUGACGUUAAUUAACAGCACAGGUGCAGACACAGGACAGUACACCUGCUACCCCAUGUACUGUGAGGACACGGACUGCAGGAGGGAGUAUAACAAGGCUGUCAAGGUCUUUGUGUUCUUUGCUGAUCCACAGGAACUGUUUGUGCCAACAAUUAACUACUAUGAGGUCAUUCAGUUGAGAACCAACUGGCCGACGGUCCUCCCCUGCCAGGUCACGUCACCUGAGGCGAAAGUGACUCUCCACCGGGAGUUCCCGCCCGUGGAGGUCGCCGUGGACGGGAGCGAGAUCUCCUUCGAUGUCAGGAAGGGUUUCACCAUCCAUCGACCUCGGCCUCAUCAUGCAGGAGAAUUGUUCUGUGUGGCCAGUCUGGGCAGCCUGAGGCAGAGCUCUACAAAGUACAUGCUCAUCUAUGUUAACUAUCCUGUAGCUCCACCUGCUCCAGUCAUCCAGGCUUCAUCAACCUCUUUGUCAGUCGGUGGAAACCUCCAGAUCAGCUGCACUGUGAUGGGAGAACGGGACGUGGUGGUAGAGUUCGACUGGGAAUACCCGGGACAGAAGAUUGGAAGACCUCUCUACACUCGGGAGAGCGUAACUACAGUCAGUCAAGGAUCUGGCCAGCAGCAGCUGUCUCAGUCUGUUCUCCUGGUGGAUGAAGUGAGAGAUGUGGAUCAGGGAACAUACACCUGCACUGCUGGGAACCUGCAAGGAACCAAAUCUGCAUCCACAACUGUUCAAGUUGUUUCAAAAGAUAAAACCAAGAGACCCUGAGAGACUCACAACUGGAUUGUAGUGUUGCCU